AUGGUAUUGUUCACCAAGAGAUCAACCAAAUUUCCUCGAAAAUCAGACCCAAAACUGGAUAAUUCUCAAUCAGUUGCUUUGAAAUCUUUCCAAUCUUACUUAUCAGAGAGCUUGAAUCGAUUGCUCUCUGAUAAAAGAUAUGGAUCUCUCUCCUGGUUCAUCCCCUGUUUCAAAUUUUUACAGGAUAAAAACAGAGCAUUUGCAAAAUUGGUGAAAGAUUUAGACUACCCACUUUCAAAAUGGAAGGGAAAUUUAGCCGAAGAUUAUCUUUCACAUACUUUGAACAUGUUAGAUGCUUUGAAUUCAAUCAGUUCAUCGAUUUCUCAUCUGGGUAUUUCUCGUCUUACUCUCUGUCAUGCUGUAAGUUUAAUCCCAAAUUCUCCCUCUUCAGCUCUUCAUCAUUUAAAACCAAUCAAACCCAGAAAAUUUGAGGCUGGGAAUUGCAAGAAAAAGGGUGUUGAAAGCUUCAAUUGUGACAAAGAAAGGGUGAUUUAUGAAGCUAUGGUGAAAUCAAAAGGGAUUGAUUUGGCAAUUUCUAGGGUUUGUUUAUGUGGGUUAAGUGAAGGAAGUGAGGAUCAUCUGGGUUUGUUGAAUUCUGCAGAAUUUGAGGGUUUUGAUUUGGGGUUUGCUGAAAAUUUGAUGGUUAAAGAGAUUGAAGAGGUAAAUGUUGCAGUAAAAGAGAUUGAAGCUGAUUUGAUUGAAGGAAUAAGUUGCAGUAAAAAGAAGUUGGAUGCAGAGGAAUUGAAGAAGAUGUUAGGGAAACUUGAGAAUUUACUGGAAUUGGUUAAUAAAGAGGUUAAUUGCUUCUUCUCUGAGGUUUUGGCUAAGAGAAGUGAGUUAAUUGAUUGUCUUAGGCUUUCAAAAAGUAGUAGUUAG